AUGUCGCAUCACGCUCCCACCUCGCGCCCGAAGCCCCCUCCACCGGGUAGCGAAGAGGCAUCGUCAAUCCUCAACCUCGGCGAAUUCCAACACGUCGACACGCUCACAUUGUCCGAAGCAUCACUCGUCAUCAACGCCCUCGUGACCAAGCGCAAGAUGGAUCGCAAGAACAUUAACGAGACUGAGAUGUUGACACAGACUCUGAACUACCUGGACGCCUUCUCCCGAUUCCGCCAGAAGGAAAACGUCGAGGCUGUCGAACGACUGCUCUCCGCACACAAGCAGCUGGCCAAGUUUGAGCGUGCACAAAUAGGGUCGCUUUGCUGCGAAACGGCCGAAGAAGCCAAGACACUCAUCCCGUCCCUACAAGAUAAAAUCUCCGACGAUGACCUCCAAAUACUUCUCGACGAGAUUAGCAAGCUCCAAAGCAGAUGA